AUGAAGCUUUACAACACAUUACAAGCAUGGCUGAGCUGCCAUGCUGUGGCUCUAGCUGCUUGCAACGACACUGAAAACCCACGCGUUGACUUGGGCUACGCGACAUACGAGGGCACCGCGCUAUCCAACGGCGUCAACCAAUUUCUCGGAAUGAGAUUUGCCGCGCCUCCUGUGGGACAGAACCGAUUCAAGCUUCCACAAGAGGUCAUUCAGGAACAUGGCAUUGUAUCAGCGAAAUCGCACGGAUCACUUUGCCUGCCAGUUGAUGGCCUCGCAUUCACCCCGCCACCUGGACAAGAUAUAUCGGAAGAUUGUCUGUUCGUCGAUGUCUACCAUCCAGCCCAUGUCAAUGGCACACCAGCCCAAAGUCUUCCGGUCAUGAUCUGGAUUUCUGGCGGAGGAUUCGUGCAGCUGCUGAAUGAGAACUAUAACGGCACAGGGCUGGUUGAAGCUAGUAACAAUGGUGUUGUCAUUGUCAGCUUCAACUACCGCGUCGGCCCUUACGGAUUCCUUGCCAGCGAAGAGCUUCAAAAAGAAGGAAGUCUCAACAUUGGCCUCCACGACCAGCGCGCCGCUAUGAAAUGGGUCGAACAGCACAUCGGAAAAUUUGGCGGCGACCCCAACAACGUCACCCUCUUUGCAACCUCGGCUGGAUCAGGGAGCGUGCUUCUGCACACUCUCGCCUACGGUGGCCAUCCUCCUGAAAACGACAACGUCAAAUGGCGCGCUGGAAUUGCACCAGCUGUAUGGCUUCCCUCUGUCCACAAGGUGGAAGAAACCCAGUACCAGUACGAUCAUCUCCUCAAUGCCACCAACUGCAGCGAUCUUGCGUGCUUGAGGUCGCUCGACUCAGACAUAAUCCAACGGGCGAACAGCGGCUUCCCGUUUCCUGGGCAGGCGAAUGUUCCUCUGUUCCCUUAUGGCCCAGUCAUUGACGGGCAUCUGCUCACAGGAACACCGUCUGAGAUGCUUCGCAACGGCAAUUUCGCCAAACACAGGCCGCUGAUUCUGGGCUCGUCCAGCACUGAGGGCACCAUCUUCGCAACCCAAGCCAAUACCACCCAAGACGUCAAUGACUUCCUCAAGACACAGUUUCCCGAUCUAACAGAGGACGAUCUGGCACAAGCCAAUGCUCAGUAUUCCUCAGUGCCAAGCACUUUCCCUGGUGUCAACGUGACAAAGUCUCCCAAGUUCUACCAGUUGUCCCAGAUGUUUGGCGACAUGGCUUUCAGCUGCGUUGCGUCAGGGUUUGCUGCUGGACUGAGCCGAGUGGGGGUUGAUGUUUACCUCCUACGCGACCACGUCCUCGACCCAGUCGAAGUUGCAGCGGGAUUCAUUGUUCCACACACCUGGGAAUUGCAGGCUGUUUGGGGACCAGAUUACGCACCGCAGUCGGUUGCGGUGCCGGGCGCUAAUAGCUACGAUGUCGGUGGCGUCAAUCAUGGGAUGGUUGGAGUUGUCCAGGCUUACUGGCUUAGCUUCGCCAGGACUGGUGGCAAACCAAAUGCCGCAAAAGCCGCAGGCGCACCUUUCUGGGGGCCAUACGGUCAUGGAGAAAGGCUCAAGCUGCAGACAAACUCAACGACGAUGGAAUAUUUGCAUGAAGAGGAAUCAGGUCGCUGCGCAUUGUGGAGCAAGCUUAGUGCGAAGACACACAUUUGA